CCCCGCGGGCGACCCCCGCCGCCGCCGCCGCCGCCGUCCUGCUUGCACCCGGCGGGCAGCCCCGCCACGCCGCCCUCCACCAGCGCCGGGAGGACGAGGAGGAGGAGCAGCUGCAGCCCCAUCGCCGCCCUUCAAGAUAUUGUUUUGGGGGUGAAAAGUAGAAGUAACCUUACUGAUGGACACAACAGCCAGCCUUCCCAUGGAUUCUGCUCCAGUUUCUGCUGAUGUUGUCUCCUCUCCAAACGAUGACCUCUGCAGUCUGGAAAGUAUGAUUUUCCCAGAAAAAUUUGCCUGGGGCUCAGCUACAGCAGCGUAUCAGAUUGAAGGAGGCUGGGAUGCAGAUGAGAAAGGCCCCAGCGUCUGGGACACGUUCACCCACCAGGGAGGAGAUCGAGUUUUCAAGAACCAGACCGGCGACGUAGCUUGUGGCAGCUACUCUCUGUGGGAGGAAGAUUUGAAAUGUAUCCAACAGCUUGGCUUGACUCAUUAUCGUUUUUCUCUUUCCUGGUCACGUCUGUUACCUGAUGGGACGACAGGUUUCAUCAACCAGAAAGGAGUUCAUUAUUAUGACCAAGUGAUUGAUGGGCUGCUCUCCAUCGGCGUCACCCCGAUGGUGACGCUGUAUCACUUUGACUUACCUCAACGUUUAGAAGAUCAAGGCGGCUGGAGAUCCGACGCCACAGUGGAGGCGUUUAACGCGUACGCCCAGUUCUGCUUCCAAACCUUCGGGGACCGGGUGAAGCUGUGGAUCACCAUUAAUGAACCUCACGUCGUUGCCGUGUACGGCUAUGAAAAGGGAAUUAUAGCACCAGGUGUCUCCAUGCCUGGUGUCGGUGGCUAUCUGGCAGCCCACCAUCUGAUCAAGGCUCAUGCUGAAGCUUGGCACACUUACCACCAACUCUUUCGGGAACAACAGGGUGGACUUGUGUCCAUAGCCCUCGACUCCGAUUGGGCCGAACCCUUCGAUCCGACUUCCCUCGCUGACCGGGAAGCUGCCAAGAGGCACAUCGCGUUUUCCUUGGACUGGUUCGCCACCCCGAUCUUCCUCCACGGCGACUAUCCGGCUGCGAUGAAGUCGAGGAUUUCCGCUGCGCGCACGGAGCCUGGCUCUCCGUCUUCCCGGCUUCCUGAGUUUACCGAACGAGAGAAGGCGAGGAUCAAAGGCACGGCCGAUUUCUUUGCCCUCAAUUAUUACACCGCCCGCAAAGUUAAGCACCUGGAUCACAAGCCCAGCCAGCCGAGUUUGUCUGCAGACAAAGAAGCUGAACAAAUCAUCGAUCCAUCCUGGCCUGUGGCAACUGGGAAUUCUUGGCUGGCAGUUGUUCCCUGGGGUUUACGGCGGCUGUUGACGUACAUCAAGGACACGUAUAAUCACCCUGUAAUUUACAUCACCGAGAACGGCUUCUCCCAAAGUGACCCGGCUCCCGUGGAUGACGGCCGUCGCUGGGAGUAUUUCAGGCUGACUCUACAGGAGAUUUUAAAAGGAGAAAGUACAGCGGCGCUCUUGAAAAGAUUAACCACAGUUAGCAUCUUUCACAGAAGAAGAAGAAAAAUACACCCCCCCCCACACACACACACACAAAAUAAAACCUGAGCAGUGUGUUUUCACUUUGGCUUGAGAAAAAAAAAAGCAAGUCCUAAAAUUAAGGCAGGUGAGCAAACUCCCCCGUAAGAUCUCCAAAGACACUGCAAGGUAGGGCAGUGUUUAUUGUGAAAUCUGACUUUCCGAGGACUAUAUUGGGGCGCCAUGUUUUCAAAUAGCAGAAUCUAAUUACAAAAAAUGUGUCUCUGUGUACAGAUAAUCCUCGAUUUAAUGGCCACAACGAGGCUCCAAAUUUCUAUUCUUAAGCGAGACGUUUGUUAGGGGAGUUUUGCCCCAUUUUACAACUUUUCUUGCCCCCAUUGUUAAGCAGAUCCCUGCAGCUGAUAAGUUAGUAACCCGGUUGUUAAGUGGGUCUGGCUUUCCCCACUGACUUUGCUUGUCGGACGGUCGCAAAAGGGGAUCACACACCCCCGGGACACUGCGACUGUCGUAAAUGUGAGUCAGUUGCCAAGCGCCCAAAUUUGGAUCACGUGACCCCCUGAGUGAUGCUACAAAGGUGGUAACUAUGAAAAAACGGUCGUAAGUCCCUUUUUUUCCAGUGCCGUUGUAACUUUGAACAGUCACUAAACCGUCAGUUGUAAGUGGAGGACUAUCUUGUACACUGUUAUAAGUAAAAUUCUAUGUAGAUCAAAGCGCUGCAAAGCUACGGUUCUAAGUUGGUGAAAACACACACACACACACACACACACACACAUAGACCAAGCUUUUUGAUCAUUUUUGUUGAUUUGCUUGAAAAGGGAGUCGUGGUCUGUUCUUUUAAUUAAAACAAAAAACGAAACCGUAACAGUCUUCAAAAGCAUCUCCUUCCACUUGCCUUUCACCAAGCGUUCAGUAGACUCUUUCAAAAUCGCCCCCUUUCAUCCUCCAAGCCCAAAUUUAAUGAGCGUAAUCAAUCCAUAAAGAGAGAUAGAUGAGAUUAUUAUUAUCCUAGUCUUGCAGAAAAUGAUGCACGCCAACCUUUAGCUGUCUAUUAUAACUCUCUUGGGCAUCGAGGUGGAGGUGAGGGCCUCUCAGGACUCCGUCCAAAAUGAAGGAAAUUAUUCUUUCUUGGUCCCAGCCAGGCUAAUCAUCCCUGGAGAUUUUUAAGAAGAGACUAGACAG